CAUCUCCCUUUGGAAUGGGAUUGCAGCACUUCCACUUACCAGUCUGGCAACAGGAGCAGCAGAUGCAAGUGAUGGCGGUGCUUUUGAGAAUGUCAAAACCAGUCUGGAGAGAGCAGGGAAUGGUGAAGUGUGGAACCGUGUAAGCUUUAUGCUCUGGUGGGAUAGGUCAAAAUUAAGUUUCUUUUAACUGUCACAUAGAAGAUGAAUAUGAUGCCAAACAGAAGUAACGCCUCAUCCUUUCAGAAUCUUGGGUCAGAUUCCAGUAAGAUUAUGGCAGAGUACAGCCACACACAAAACCAGAUGGAAUUACAAAAUGCUAGUUUGGGAAAGGGUUCUGUGGUGAAUUCCCUUGAAAACGGUCUCCAGGAUAUUAUGGAAAACCUCAACACGAAGAAAUAUUCAUCAAGUCUCAAAUUUAAAACAAACGGGGACUGCGCUGGUUCUUACUUAACCCUUUCACAACCUAUGAUGGCUAAACCCAGUCCUUCCACCAGUGUUAAAAAUAUACACUCUGUUACCAAAAUUCAAGGAGGCAAGCUCUUCCCUUGUGAAAGUCCGUAUCUUCCAGAUAAAAGCUUCUCUGUAAAGCAUUUGAGUUCCCUGUCAGGCACAUCUCCAUCCCUCAGUGGGUACAAUUUAGGAAGGACAGACUUUGAUAUUCAUGCCAACAGAGAAAAUGAAAAAGCUCUUGGACAUGCAGAUAAGUUUUACUACUCUAAGUAUAGCCAGAAGAACAAGUCGUAUGACAAUGUCUACUUGCCAGGAAUGCUGGACACAAAGAAGAUCUCAGGCUCUCUUCUUACAAUGUGGAAUGGCAGCUCAGGGAGUGAGCUGAUGCUUUCCCCUGUUGGCAAUUCAGGGGCAGCCAGCAUGCCUUCUAGUCCCAAGCAAGGUCGGAGAAUGAAUAUUGAUGAUGGUCUGACCCUUCAUGCAAAGCCAGUUAAACACAGGGAUGUGAUGAUGGAGACGAUGGCCUCACGCCCUAGGAAAUACUCUGGUGGAUCUCUAAGUCAUAUGGGAAUGUACAGCCGUUCCCUACCCAGGCUUCAUAAAUCAACCGAAAGCCAAUUGAUGCCAUUAAGUUUGCCCCCAAGAAACUCUUUGGGUAAUACUAAAAGGAAAAAACUUGGAGAAAAGGAUCUACCUCAGAAUGCUUUAGAUGCUGAUAAUUACCUGAAUUUUUCUUCAUGCAGCUCAGGGGUUUUACCACAUGCCAAUUCAUUCUCUGGGAAUAAUCCCUACGUUAGUUCAACUCUCAGUGUUCCUGCAAGCCCUCGAAUUGCUAAGAAAAUGCUUUUAGCAUCUUCUUCCUCGUAUAUUCCUGAUGAUUUUGAUAGACUUGGACUCUCAGGCACGAGUCCCAGUAGUUCAUUCUCCCCUGUGGAUUUUGACAGAUCGUUCUCUGUCAGGAGAAACCUCUCCACCAGUUCCAUGGAGUUUGAUGAUACAGACCUGGAAAGUUACAGACAGACACCAAACUCACUGCAGACUUCUGUGAGAGAGCGUAAGAACAGCAUCAGCUCCAUUUCAGGGAGAGAAGACCUCAUGGACUAUCACAGGAGGCAGCGGGAAGAGCGGCUCCGGGAGCAGGAGAUGGAACGCCUGGAACGACAGCGGCUGGAGACGAUCCUCAAUCUGUGUGCAGAAUACUCCAAGGCUGACAGUGACCCUGCUGCAACUACAACAGUUGCUGAUGUUCAGAAAAUUAACAAAGAACUUGAAAAGCUGCAGCUAUCAGAUGAGGACUCAGUAUUUGAAGACUCGCAGAUGAAUCUAGAAACGAGAUUUAGAAACCACUUGAAGUCGUCUGCAAGUGAUUCGGAUUUCUCUGAGCAAAGUAACCACAGUCGCAGCACUGCUUCUUUCCUUUCCUCCCGGGGGCUGAGAGCCGAUGAGCACUUCAAUGAAAACAUGAAGCCUUCAUCAUUAGCUACCCCUGGCUUCCUGAAGGAUUCCACUGAGUCUUCGUAUCUAAGCAUCACACCAAAGAUACCAGAAUGCACAAGUGAUGAUCAAAGAGGACAGGAGCUCACUCGACUAGAAGAGGAGCGCAUAGUAAUAUUAAAUAACUUGGAAGAACUUGAACAGAAGAUCAAAGAUUUAAAUGACCAGAUGGAUGAAUCCUCAAGAGAGUUGGAUAUGGAAUGUGCCCUUUUGGAUGGAGAACAGAAAUCUGAAACAACAGAGCUGCUGAAAGAGAAGGAAAUACUGGAUCAUCUAAACAGAAAAAUAGCUGAGCUGGAGAGGAAUGUUAUUGGUGAAAAGGCAAAGGAAAAAUUAAAACUUGAUGCUGAGAGGGAAAAACUAGAGAGGCUUCAGGAGCUUUACUCCGAGCAGAAGACGCAGCUUGAUAAUUGCCCUGAGUCCAUGAGGGAACAGUUACAGCAGCAGCUGAAGAGGGACGCUGAUCUGUUGGACAUAGAAAGCAAACACUUUGAAGAUUUGGAAUUCCAGCAGCUUGAACAUGAAAGCAGGUUAGAUGAAGAGAAAGAAAAUCUGACACAACAGCUCCUGCGUGAAGUAGCUGAGUAUCAGCGUAGCAUUGUCAGCAGAAAGGAAAAGAUUUCUGCUCUCAAAAAACAAGCUAAUCAUAUUGUCCAACAAGCACAAAGAGAGCAAGAUCAUUUUGUAAAAGAGAAAAAUAACCUAAUAAUGAUGCUGCAGAGGGAAAAAGAGAAUCUCUGUAAUCUGGAAAAGAAGUAUUCCGCUCUUUCUGGAGGAAAAGGAUUUCCUGUCAGUCCCAAUAGUCUAAAAGAGGGCUAUAUCAGUGUAAGUGAAAUUAGUGAGCUGUAUGGCAAUUCCACGAAUAUAUCCCCUUCCACUCAGCCCCCCACAGAUGCUGACGCAGGUACCACUGAGCCUUCCACGGCUGUGCUGACGUGCCAGCCACAAAAUAAAGAGCUAAGAUCACCUCUCUGUUCUGGAUUUGUGUUUCCUCACUCUCUUUCUCCUCGCUCUAUUGCUCAACUUCCAUCAGUCCAUUGGCCUGAGGUCAUGGCUACUCAUGUAGAUCCUAUUCCUUUAUCUGAUACACCUCCUCCUCUGCCAGCUAAGAAACACCACAGGCAACAGCAGCAUUUCAGAAAUCUGGAAGAGCGAAAGAAACAGCACAGGGAAUGCAUGUACAUGAGCGAUACUUUGCCUCGCAAGAAAACAACUCCAACUGUGUCACCACACUUCAAUAGUUCUACUCUUGGACGAAGCAUUACAUCUAAAGGACAUUUACCAUUAGGACAGAGCAACAGCUGUGGCAGUGUACUUCCUCACUGCCUGGCAACCAUGACCAAAGAGUCAGAAUCAAGAAGGAUGCACAAAGGAGCAAUUAGUCAUUCCAAAGGUUCGAGUGUGAAAGGGUAUAACCAUCAACGUAUAUGUGAAAACCAAAGGCAGAAAUCUCCUGAAUUCUACAGCAGAACAGCAUCUGAAUCCAACGUGUAUUUGAAUAGCUUCCAUUACCCAGAUCGUAGCUACAAGGACCAUGCCUUUGAUACAUUAAGCUUAGACAGUUCUGACAGUAUGGAGACAAGCAUAUCAGCAUGCUCACCAGAUAACAUUUCCAGCGCUAGCACAUCAAAUGUUGCAAGAAUAGAAGAGAUGGAGAGACUUCUGAAACAAGCACAUGCUGAAAAGACUAGGCUGCUUGAGUCCAGGGAACGGGAGAUGGAAGCUAAAAAGAGAGCUCUGGAAGAAGAGAAGCGUCGCAGAGAGCAACUGGAAAAAAGACUGGAAGAAGAAACUAGCCAGAGACAAAAACUAAUUGAAAAAGAAGUGAAGAUACGAGAGAAACAAAGAGCACAGGCUCGUCCAUUGACUCGCUAUUUGCCCAUUAGAAAGGAAGACUUUGAUUUACGAAGUCAUAUUGAAACAGCUGGUCACAACAUAGAGACCUGUUACCACAUCUCCCUCACAGAGAAGACCUGCCGAGGCUUUCUGAUUAAGAUGGGAGGGAAAAUUAAAACAUGGAAAAAACGAUGGUUUGUUUUUGACAGAAACAAGAGGACUUUUACGUAUUAUGCAGAUAAACAUGAAACUAAAUUAAAAGGGGUAAUUUAUUUUCAAGCUAUUGAAGAAGUCUAUUAUGAUCACCUAAAGAAUGCAUAUAAGAGUCCCAACCCACUACUCACUUUCAGUGUUAAGACACAUGACCGAAUAUACUACAUGGUCGCUCCUACCCCAGAAGCCAUGAGGAUAUGGAUGGAUGUUAUUGUGACAGGCGCAGAAGGCUACACCCACUUCAUGUUGUAACAAAACGGGGCAAUAGGGCAUACUGCAAUAACGUUAAUGGAUGAAGUCAGCCAUAUGUAGUAAAAUCUGAAAAGCCACAUAAAAUAACAAUGAAUACUCUGAAAUAUCCUCCUCAUGAUGUGCAGCCAAAGCCUCAGGAUGGAAGGGUUUUCUAAAUGCACUGAAAAGGGGGACUUGCUACUUAUUUUAGUUGAUCUUUCUAGACACAAAAGAGCUAAAGCUCUUGAGAAAGUCACAGUGCUCCGAAACAAAUAAACUGGCCACUUAUAUGACAACAUCUUGAUUCAAUGAUAAUUUUGUACCAAUUGUCUUAAACAGAGAACAUCUUCAUCAAUAGUUUACAAAUGUGUGUUCUCUCAUCAGUAUGCAAAAAUUCUAGUAUCAGAACAAAAGUGUAAUAGCAUAUAUUUUAAUAUGCCACAUUUGACAUUUAUAGAUGAUUAGGUGACUUUUAAAAACUUUUAGUCAAGUAUUUUAUAAAACCAUGAAUUAAAAAGCUGCCCUAAGGUACACACGGUUCUUGCCUUAGUAGUUAAGUAUUACAACAGAGCCAAAGAGUUAUAUGACUCCCUUAUUGUAAUAUUUCAGAUUGUUAGCUGUAUUUAACUUCCUGUAGGGGGACAGUGCCAAAACUCUUCAUGACUUGUACAAAACCAUGUUAAACCACCCAGUGAUACUGACUGUAAGUUUUAAGUCUAUAUCUAUGAAGCUCAACAAGAAAAGGACAGCUUUAUAAAGAUGCAUUUAUCCACAAGGAUAAGAAAUGGAAACAUGGAUUAACUUUGUCAGUAGGAGGACUUUUGUAGUCUUCCGUGAUGAAUGGAUUGAGCGGAUUCUGGACACUGCAGCGAUUUCAUGUAGUCAAGACCCACCUGAUGUGGUUCUGAUCGUUCUCUGUGCCAAAUGAACACUUGGCUGAAACCUCAGAUGUUGGUCUCCAUGAAGCAAGCAUUGAAGUAUCUACCUAUCAAAAUUUUUUUAAGCAAUGUUUUUAGCCAAGGAGACUUUUUAAAAGUGUGUCUACUCAGAAUAAUGCUAUUAGAAUAAAAAAAAAGCAAGCUCUAAGGGUUUACACUGAGCAGUGUAUGGAUAAAUAGCAUGAAAAUUUUAAGUAUCAGGGAUUGAGACUCCGAAGACAGUAAAAACAUGGAGGAUACAGUGGUCUCCUAUUUAAAAAUUACAAAUUCCAAAUCCUUGAGAAAUACUGCAAAACUUAGGUGAAUUGAACUUCAAGAAAGUCUCUUAUUCUUCGACUUUAAUGAGGUUCUAUUUCAGUAAUCAAUACUUGUGCUAUGUAAUUUGUUUGUGUAAUAAGAGAAAGCACGUAAGACAUUUUUCACGAUGAAAAGGUAAUGGCUAUUGAUGAAGCAAAUGAAAAACUGAAAGCAAAACAAGUUUGCUGGCAAAGUAUUUUUCUUGUACUGUUUCAACCCUGUAUCUGUUAAGAAGGGGAUGCACUCUUCCUUGUAUGGUAUACACAGGUGAUGUGGUUGCUCUAGCAUGACAUUUGUCAGUGUUGACUUGAAUCAUGAAAGAAGGGACAGUUGUCACAAGAUAACUGUUAUCAUCUGUGCAGAUCACAGUUUAUAAUCCAACAACUUUAAAACACUAUCAGAAUAAAUUGCUUUGGUAUAUGUAAUUAUUAUUUUUCCCUGACGUAUCUUGAUUUUACUUCUUAGUAUAGUUAUAAAGGUUUUCUAAUCAUGAUUUUUGUAUCCUGCAUGAUGCAAUGAAGGCAUUUCAAUAAACGUUUUUAAAAAUA